AUGACUAACUUGUCUUCAAAUGAUCUUAUCAGCAAGCGAAAUGAAAGAGUAAUCAUAACGGAUAAAACACGAGGAGAUUUUCAAACCGCAAAAACAAAUGAUCGAAUGAACCAGAAAGCUGAUGUUUAUGCUGAUUGGAAUAAUGAGGCCGAUAAUUUCUUCCAAACAAGUUCAUCUGGACAGCAAUCGGAAAUCACAGGCAACAAAACAGACAACAAGGAAGAUGAGGAAUCACAGGAUCACAUAUAUGAUGAUUCGGAAACAAGUGAUUUGGAUACAUCAGAUCAUGAGGUAAAUUAUAUCUGGCAGGUGUUGUUAGCUGUAAAUGUUUAUUAUUAUCACUACUAUCUGUCUGAUGAUGAUCAAGAGGUGAAGGAAGUGACAAACGAUAAAGUGGAAGUGGUGAAGGAAAACAAAAAAGGACCAUUUAGAAUGAGCGAGGAAAAUCGAGAGGAGUUUAUGAAAGCCUAUAGAGCAAUGGAUGUGGAAACUUUCAUUUGGGAGGAUAGUUAUAUAAGCUGGGGCAAGAGCAAGAGUUUGAACAGUUAG